AUGAUUAGAAAUUUAAACCGAUCCUUUUCUCUAUUUUCGAGAGGCAAGAAUAUUCAGUAUCAUCGAUGUGCAACCACAGCAGUUGCUGAUAAUCUCACUCCCAAAGUAUCAUUAAUUCGUUAUUUAUUACAACAGCCUCAGCAUGAACGAAGAUUUCAUACUUGUAUCCGGCUGGGUGUUACGAAUGGCCAAUCGGAUCGUUCAUCAUCUCCACCACCACCGAAUACGACCACACCAAGUACCACUUCUAUCAAUGUAAAUACUACAACUGCCACCAAUCAACAAGAAAAAAGCACCUCGCGAAAAGACGAGACAGAACCAAGGCUUUCCUUUCUAGCGCUUGAUGCUACAUCCUUGAAACAUUUACUUUCCAAUCAAAAUAUUGGAGAAGCCCUAAAAGAAACUCAACAAAAAGUUUCUAGGUGGACCCGAGCAUUCAGAUCAUUGAUGCAAAACACUUGGAUUUUUAAGUUAGCAACUGUGUUGUUGGUUUUGUUGGUGCUGGUUGUGGAGGAAUAUAUGAAAUUGUCAAGAGUGCAAGAAGAAUUCAAAACUAACGUUACAGAUGACGAUAUGGCGCAUUUUGCUGAAGCUAUUGAGAGAAAAAAAGAGGAGGAAGAGUUGCUGAACUUUGCAGUACAUUCAUUAAAUCAAUAUGCAAUGAUCAUUGGAGAAAGUGGAAGUGGUAAAUCUGAAAUUGUGAAUCGACUAGUUUACAAAGCACGUAAACAAGGUAUUCCAGUUUUUUAUUCGGCAGCUACUGAACGACAAUACGAGGCACGAUUGAAAAGCGAAUUAGGAUAUUUCACCUUAAUUAAUUCCUUCUUUCACUAUGUCAAAAAGUUACUGAAUGUUGAUUCUUCACAUGAUAUCUUGUCAGAUUUAGAAAAAGUGGGAAUUGAAAUCAAAAAAAAAACUGGAAAACGACCCCUUAUGGUGAUUGAUAAUGCUCAUCGAUUAAAUACCAAUGACGAAGGGAAACAAUUUUUUAGAAAUCUUCAAGAACUUGCUAAAAAGAUGGCUGACAGUGAAGCAUUGAAUUGUAUUUUUGUGAUCACAACAGAUGGAGACAAGAGUGUGUGUACCGUGUCUGAAUUCAGUAGUAGACUUCGAGUAUAUGAAAUUGGUGAAAUGACAAGGGAAGAAGCAAAAGGAUUUUUGAGAAAAAAGUUUAAUGUUACUGAUCCACAAGAAAUGGAACGCAUCUUCUCUGUGACUGGUUACAUUCCAAAGUAUCUAAAUCAGUAUAACCAAUUAUACCAAGUAGAUUUAGCUAUAACAGAAAAGUUUAUUCAUUCAGGAGUAGAUCCUCUUUUUAACAAGGCAUUUCAAGAUGUGGCAAGACAUAUUUUACAGCAUGGAUCUAUUGACGUUCAUGAUUUUGAAUCUUUGACGCCAUCAUCAGAAGUGGUCAAAGAAUGUGGAUACAAUUGUGCUGUUACAGAAUUUGUCCCCAAUCCUGUUCGAAAACUCUUAGAAAGCAAUGUAAUUUUUAGAAGAACCGGUAGAACCGUCACUUUCAAGAAUACAGCCAUUCAGAAUUAUGUCAAGCAUACAUUAGCCAAGCUUGAAAAGUAA